AUGUCUGCACAGCAAGCACUUAACCAACUGAUCCACUCCACCACAUACUCUUUUAUGAAUGUAAUUAAGAAAACAAAAGCAAGUAUGAGAGAGGGCAAGUGAAUCACUAUAUCAUUAAUGAACUCGCUAACAAACUAACUCAGUCCUCUUGGGUACCCUAAGGCCUGUGUGGCUCGAGCUCCUUUGUCUUUUAGCCAGAGUUCCCCAUGCUUCUUGGGUGAGGGGAUGGCCAGAAUGAGGGAUAUGCUGACCUACUACACAAGUGCUCCCAGCAAAGAUGGGAGUGAGUUUGGCCUGGUGUUGGCCAGACCCUGAGGGUUAAUGGGAAGCACCUCCCAUGACCUUGUGGAAAGGGAGGGAGAGGGUGUAGGCUGUCACCAUAUCCUCUGGGGUUCUUCUAGAGGAAGACACAUUUGGAGUCAGUGGAGCCUGAAGCUAGCAGGCCAGCUGACAGAGGGAGGGUGGAAGAAACCAAGAGCCCCUCAGCUGGGGGGAGGACUCAUCAAGGUUGGGCUAUGAAUUCGAGGAGCCCAUGGCUGUCAAGACUAGCAACCAGCAGGAGGACUGACAGGACACUGGAUAGGAGACAGGAUCAGGAGCUGGCCUGGCCUGAGAGAGCUGCGAAGCUGGGGUGAGCUGCCAUGUGGAGCUGUGGCCCACUCAACAGCACAGCGUGGGGUGAGGAGCCGCUGUGCCGCAACCUGCGCCUGGGGCUGUGGAUCCUUUCGCUGUUCUACCUGGGGGCAGGUGUCCCUGUGGGCUUGGGCUACAAUGCCCUGCUGGUGCUGGCCAACCUGACCAGUAAGAACAGCAUGACCAUGCCAGAUGUGUACUUCGUGAACAUGGCUGUAGCGGGGCUGGUGCUCACGGCCCUGGCACCUGCAUACCUGCUGGGUCCCGCCCACUCCAGGUGGGCCCUGUGGAGCCUCAGCAGUGAGGCCCAUGUGACACUGCUCAUCCUGUUCAACGUGGCUUCCCUGGUGACCAUGUACUCCACUGCACUGCUGAGCCUCGACUACUACAUCGAGCGUGCCCUGCCACGCACCUAUAUGGCCAGUGUGUAUAACACCCGGCACGUGUGCGGCUUUGUCUGGGGCGGGGCAGUGCUCACCAGCUUCUCCUCCCUGCUCUUCUACAUCUGCAGCCAUGUGUCUUCUCGCAUCGCUGAGUGUGCCCGGAUGCAGAACACGGAGGCUGCUGACGCUAUCCUUGUGCUCAUCGGCUAUGUGGUGCCAGGUCUGGCUGUGUUGUAUGCGCUGGCGCUCAUCUCAAGGAUUGGGAAGGAAAACACGCCCCUGGACCAGGACACUAGCAGGCUGGACCCUUCUGUGCAUAGGCUGCUGGUGGCCACUGUGUGCACACAAUUUGGGCUUUGGACACCUUACUACCUGAGUCUGGGGCACACAGUGCUGGCCUCACGGGGGAGGACUGUAGAGGGGCAUUAUCUGGGCAUCCUGCAGGUUGCUAAAGACUUGGCCAAGUUCUUGGCCUUCUCAAGCAGCUCCGUGACGCCGCUGCUCUACCGUUACAUCAAUAAAGCCUUCCCCAGCAAGCUCCGACGGCUGGUGAAGAAAAUGCACUGUGGGCACCGGCACUGCUCCCCUGACCCUGCAGGGAUACAGCAGGUGAUGGCACAGGCGUAACUAACCCUUCCCUGGUCUUGAGUCCCAGGAGAGGGCCUGACCAUGAGGAACACUAAAGUUCAACUGGACGCAUAGCACUUUGUUCCCCAAGCACAUGGCGCUUCCAUCCGCAGGAGACAUGCUGAAUACAGAAUAGCACAGGGGGGCAUUUCUCUUGACAUUUUCUGUCUUUUCCCCUGAAAGGCCGAUCUUGGUCUGCAGCUGCAUUGCAGAAAGCGGUGGUGUCUUGUGCAUACGGCUGCUUCUAACUAACCUCCCCACCUUCCCCUCAAGGUGUGUGCCUUUCUCCCAGGGAUACCUUCAAGGUUCAAGUCUUCAAAAGCAGACUGACCUUUGGCCUCCCUGGUAUUUGGGCUCUCUAAAUGAAGUGAUGAAAUCUAAAGCCAGUAUUUAUACUUCGUAUUGACACAAUACUUGAUUCUCCUCUCCCCCUCUCUUUUUUAAAAAAUAAAAACAAGUGUUAGAAAAAUGCCUAGUAUUAAGAUGAAAACAGUACAAGGGAACAUGGCUGUCACUGAUACCAAUGUUACAGCUUGAGGACAGGACAGUGUGCCUGUCAGGCCUGAAUAGUUGACAAUGAUAGCUGUGGAGCACUGGACCUCUCCCCAGCCACACACACCUGGCUUCCUCUCUCCUGCUGAGAAACGAGCUGAGUAUUGGCCUGUCUUUCCAGUGCCACAACACGUGCACGUCAAUAAAUGGAAGAAAGUACUCUCUCUUAGUGCAGAACCUGGAGGACCUCUCUAGGGGAGAGAUCUGGGCAUGGUAAAGUGUUAGCCAGACAUGGAAGGGAGAGGCAGGAUGGUAUGAGGCCAGGUAGGUACCCCAAGAUGACCAGGGACUGGCAUCCGGGGUAAAGGCCCUGCCUGGCCGGUUUCACACAGCUGUGGGUGGUACAGGAUGAGGCUCGCUUACCACAGGUGUCUGGGACCAGGCCUCACCCACGUGCCUCUGGGGCCUUGUGUUUGGUAAUUAACUACUCUAACAUGUGGGCAUGAAAAGAAUUCCUCCCGCCCUAUUCCAUCAUUGUCACCACCCAAGUCUCUAGGGUUACAUUGCAGACCCACAACUCCCUGUUCCCCAGUUCUAAAGUUCCCCUCCAUAAGAUCAUCUAACCUGCCUGUUAGAUGAUAGGCCGGUGUGGUCCAUGCUCAGUGAGUGGCCUUCCUACAGGGCCCGAAGGCUGUCCUGGCUGCUUGGGAAACUCAGCUACAAGUAACUUUAGUUUUAUCUAUGCUAUGCAAACAGCAUUUCCUGGGAUGGUGACUGCCCAAGUUAAUCUGCUUUAAAGAGGAUCAGGGAGGGAGGUGCAUGAGGUCCUCAACCCCAGCUGUGACCCACUGGCCAUGCUCUGUGGGGUGCAGUUCCUCACGAAUAAACCACAAGACUGGAUUAGAUUACAGUCUUCAGGAUUGCUUCUGGCUGUAGAGUUUUGUUUUGAGGCUUUUAAAAUGGCAAGCUCAACUUGCCCUCUCCUUGCUCCCAGAUGCACAGCUGGAUGGAGGCUCUGAGGCUCUCGUGGCUGCCAGGCUUUCCAUACCAACUGCCACACUGGCCACCUUAAUGCUUGCUGAGGAAACAGGAACCCUCACCAUGAAGGUUCUAGCUGGGCCUAGCCUGCAGCCCAGUUCUCCUAUGGGUGAGAGCAAGCCCAGGGGCCAAGGUCAGGGCAAGCAAAGGGCAGCCUAAGCUUUGUGGGUCAUAGGGGAAACAGGAUCCAGAUGGGCGGGGCUGUUUGUGAUGUUCCUGUCCCAGUUUAAAGCAGUCAUUGCCCUUGUUGACCAUUUUAUACCCUUUGCUCCAGGCAGAGGUCCUGGGAGGGGCAGGCCCCAGGUCCUGGAAGGGCUCUGUGUCCUGGAAUCAUUCAUCCCAAUCAUUCCCAAGAAAGGUGAGGAGAGGCCCAAAUGUUCCUUAGUUGCACCUUCUCAGUGGCCUUAGGUACAAACUGGCCAAGUUCUAGGGGACUCUUGAGGGACUGGAAGCCAGGACCCUGUGACUAGCAUUAAGUGUAUAGCCACUUGUCCUGCAGAGAUCGUCCAGUGGACACCCAGCUGUCUGCAUGGGUCUUACUGGUGGAGCCACACAUGGCCGGAAGAGUGGCCAUCUGCAGCGCAGAUCCUUUCCCUGGAGUGAGGCACCCUCCCACCCAGGACCCUAUUCCUACCACCUGCCUCCUCCUUGCCCAAGCCUUCCACCACAACUACCAUAGUCACUGGUGCUGACGUCUACUGUAUGUGAUUCUAUGCUGAGUUCAUCCUGGGAGUCCCCAGGGUCUGCUUCCCAAGUCUUCUGCCAUGCACCUCCCAAAGUAGGAGAGAACCUUAACCACAUAGAAAAGAGGUUACUGCAAUGAUUCGUGUGUGUACUCUGUGUGUGUGUGUGUACUCUGUGUGUGUGUGUGUGUGUGUGUGUGUGUGUGUACGCACACACAUGCCCACAUGCACGAUGCUUUCUUGCAUAAGUUUAAGAUGCCAGGCAGGACAUGCAAUUCUUCAAGGAUCGUUAAUUUGGCUGUCAACACUUCUUGAUGGUUAUAAUUUACAAUGAAUGCUCUUAUUUUCAUUAACUCACAAGAAAGCUUGCCAUGUCAUUACUUAGGGUUCCAGAAGGUGACCUUUUUCUUGGGUUUCUUUCACAAUGUCACAUGACAUGACAGAGGGAACCCAGUCAAUGCUCUUUGGGGCAGAUACACCCAGGAACCAAAAGACACCUGUUCUGUUAGAGAAAGCAUUCGGCAAGGGCUGGACCAGGGAGAAGUUACAACUGUGUGUCUGGCUGGUUUUUGGGAAGGGGGGGGGAGCUUUCUCAUUCCUGACCUACAGUAUCCACCCACAGGGCUGGAUCCAUUUGCCAAAAUUCUGUGAAUGUGAAAAAGAAACUACUGAUGAAAUUCACACAUCUGAAUACUAUUAAAUUAUUUAACAUGUGA